GAGAAGCGUACGAGUUCAUGAUGAAACACCGGCAACGCAGUGUUAAUAUCAGCUUGUCGGUGUCCUGGUUCCUCAAGCUUACACGCCGUAGUUGACGCCUGUAAACGUCUUUGUGCAACAUGUUUUCCUUGUCCGGCUUAACUCCUCGGCAUUCCGGUGUGAGACCCUCAGCGCAUCGGAAAGCAGCCCAAUCCUUCAUAACCCUACCUAACGCACGGCGCAUAAUAUUAAAAGCAGCACCUGCGCCCCUCAACGAAACCCGUGCGGAAGAGCUGGCGCUUCCUGAUGGGGAUGUAAGCAUUGAGGCAGAUGCUGUCCUCCUACGCGAAGCUGAAGCCCAGCGACAGGCCUUCAUCAUGCAGGAUACAUGCAGCUUCCUGGCUUCUGACCUGAAGAUGCUCUUUGAAAAAGGGGAGAUCACGGAGUCGCGUUACUCUCCCAAGAUUGUAUUCGAGGACCCCAUCACCAAGUACGACAGCCGAGAGGGCUAUGUGUUUAAUAUCCGGCUGCUGCGCACCCUGUUCAACAUCACCUUCGACCUGCACAGCAUCUCCGUGACUGGCCCCGACUCCGUCACCGCCCGCUGGACCAUGGAGAUGGUGAUGUGGCUGCUGCCCUGGAGACCCAACCUCACCUUCACGGGGAGGACGGUCUACAAGGUGGACCCCCGCACGGGUAUCGUACUGAGCCACACCGACUACUGGGAUGCGCUGCAGAGGAACGCCUUUCUCAGUCUAGAGGGUGUCCAACACACGCUUCAGAUGUUCAUUCAGCAGCAAUUGCAGCUCACACCCGGCAUUGAGACGCCCAAAUACGUGGUGCUCAAGAAACUCAAGGAGUACGAGAUCCGGCGCUACGAGCCGUACCUGGUGGCGGAGGCCCCCACAGGCCCGGGGUCGGGUCCCGCCAGUGGCUCGGGCUUCUCGGAGCUGGCCAGCUACCUGUUCGGGAGCAAUAGGGCCCAACUGGCCAUGGAGAUGACCACCCCGGUGUUCAACGAGGUGCAGCCGGAAACCAACUCCAGUGUGGCCAUGAAGUUCGUCAUGGAGAGCAGGUAUUCCGAUGUUUCCGCCCUACCCGCCCCCCUGGACCCCCGCAUUGGGCGCAAGAGGGAGGAGGGGAGGUACGCCGCGGCCAUCCGCUUCUCAGGCUGGCCACUGGACUACGAGGUGGUUCAAAACGAGCGGCUGCUCCGAGACCUGCUUCUCCGCGAUGGCCUCCGUCCCGCCCCCGGCUACCAGCUGGCCCGGUACAACGACCCCUCCACACCGCCCAUGCUGAGGCGCAACGAGGUGCUCAUCCGCCUGGAUGACUUUGUCUGGCCGCCGGAGACGGAGAUGAGCACGUAA